CUUAUUUUUGCAGGUGAAAGCUGAUACAGAGGCCAGAGGGAAACUGUGAGACCUUAUUUCUCUCAGUUUUCCCUUUAAAGCUUUGAAUCUUGAAGGAACAGUUAUUUGUUCUGAAGAAAUUUUGGAAGGAUAGGAAAAUUGAAAAGAUUUCUACCAUGGCAAGAAGUAUGCGGCUUCUUAAGCAACUCCUUGAAACUGUACCUCCAUCUCGGGGGCUAGGGUUGAAUCUUCAGAUGAAUAGAUCUGUAACCUACAUGCCCCGGCCUGGUGAUGGUGCUCCAAGAGCUGUUACCUUAAUCCCAGGUGAUGGGAUUGGUCCUCUAGUUACAGGUGCAGUUGAGCAGGUCAUGGAAGCAAUGCAUGCUCCAGUGUAUUUUGAGAAGUAUGAAAUUCAUGGUGACAUGACAAAGGUUCCUCAGGAGUUGAUUGAUUCAAUACGGAAGAACCAAGUUUGCUUGAAGGGUGGUUUGGCCACUCCAGUUGGAGGAGGUGUCAGCUCGUUGAACGUUCAGUUAAGAAAGGAGCUUGAUCUCUAUGCCUCGCUUGUGAAUUGUUUCAAUCUGCCUGGUCUGCCAACAAGGCAUCAAAAUGUCGAUAUUGUGGUGAUUAGGGAGAAUACGGAAGGGGAGUAUUCAGGGCUUGAGCAUGAAGUUGUUCCUGGUGUCGUUGAGAGCCUUAAGGUGAUUACAAAGUUCUGCUCGGAGCGGAUUGCCAAAUAUGCCUUUGAGUAUGCAUACUUAAACAACCGGAAGAAAGUGACUGCUGUGCACAAAGCCAAUAUUAUGAAGCUUGCAGAUGGUCUAUUCUUAGAAUCUUGUCGUGAGGUAGCAACAAAAUAUCCAGGAAUUAAGUAUAAUGAGAUUAUUGUGGACAACUGCUGCAUGCAACUUGUCUCAAAGCCAGAGCAAUUCGAUGUCAUGGUAACACCCAAUCUUUAUGGUAACCUUGUGGCAAAUACAGCAGCGGGUAUAGCUGGAGGCACUGGUGUCAUGCCUGGGGGCAAUGUUGGGGCUGAUCAUGCUGUCUUUGAGCAAGGUGCUUCAGCAGGUAACGUGGGGAAUGAGAAGUUGCUGGAGCAGAAGAAGGCUAACCCAGUGGCCCUGCUUCUUUCUUCUGCAAUGAUGCUGAGGCAUCUCCAGUUCCCCUCAUUUGCUGAUCGAUUGGAGACUGCUGUGAAGCGUGUCAUCUCAGAAGGAAAGUAUCGAGCAAAAGAUCUUGGAGGAGACAGCACUACCCAAGAAAUAGUGGAUGCAGUCAUAGCAGUUUUGGAUUGAUAGAAUUCUAUCCAGGCUGCCAACAAACACAUUUUCAAGCUCGAUACCUUUUUAAUAUUUUUGGAGUAUAUCAUUCUUUUUCCAAGUCACUGUUGGGGGUUUCCUGCUUCUGUGAAAAAUCUGAAAAUGUAAUCUCUUUUUAGAAAUAAUUUGAAUCCUUAUAAAAUCAGGAGCCAUGUAGAAUGCUCAAAUAGCACCUUGAAGAAGGUGGAAUCAAUUUAUUGUUUUGGUGCACUAUAAAAAUUUACAGCUCUUGAUGAGACAAUUAUAAUAUAUUUCUUGUCAUUUAUGCAA